UUUUGGUUCCGAUUGAAUGGACACGUGUGUUACACGUCCGCAGGAAAUGAGAGUACAGUAUAUUCACCAGCAUGAUCAGACAGGACUCUGGGAGUGAAGUGCCAUUAUUCCAUGAGGAUGAAAGUACCUUCGAUGAGAAGAAAUCAAACAUCAAACACCCUCAGGCCUGCUUCUUUCAUCUCUUCUUCCGCACAAGCGCCAUCCUCAUCUACCUCUUUUGUGAGCUUUUCAGCCGAAGUUUCAUCGCCAACAUGGUCACCAUCAUUUUGCUUCUGUCUUGUGAUUUCUGGACAGUAAAGAAUGUGACGGGGAGGCUGCUGGUGGGUUUGAGGUGGUGGAAUCAGGUGGAUGAAGAUGGACACAGUCACUGGAUGUUUGAAUCCAGAACGGAAACCAAUAAGAACAUCUCAAACUCUGAGUCAAACAUUUUCUGGCUUGGUCUGAUCGUGUGUCCACUGUUUUGGGUUUUCUUUGUGUUUAGCAGUCUUUUUGCCUUUAACAUAAAGUGGUUGGUGUUUGUGUUCAUGGGAGCAGUCCUGCAGUGGGCUAACUUGUAUGGGUAUGUGCGAUGCAAAGCAGGUGGUGGAAAGAAACUGAAGGACAUGGCAACUAAUUACUUAGGCCUUAAACUCUUCAAAAAGCAUGGAGGGGCCCCACACAUUGCCUUUACACAGGGCCCGAGAAUCUGUGCUACACCCCUGCGACCACCCACAGUCACUGGAGCUCAGGGGACCACAGGAAAGCCAGCAGAGCUGAAGACCACUACGGAGAUGGUGAGGUUGAAGUCCACUGUGGAUCUAGGGGGUGCAGGGCUGCGACAACACCGUUAUGGGCUCUCGGGGGAGUGGUGAUGUUGCAUUCAUUCUUGUCGAGCAGCAAGUGUACAAAUCAUUUGCCUGUUUUUAUGUGACACGUACCUAGAAGACUGAUCAUAAACACGGGUUCGGGCUAAUUUAGACAAUGCUGACAUUGUGCUCUACUGAUAAAGCCAUAUGCAAACAACUUUAAGACAGAAAACUGCUUUGAUGUUUCUGAACAAUACUCAAUGUCAGUUUAAUGUUGGCUUAUCUUUGCCGAACUGUUAAACUGUUAUUUGUAUGUCUAUGCAACAAGA